ACCACACAAAAAUCAAAUCUUUUCUCUCUUUUCUUUCUGAAAUUUUCUAAUUCGCCAUUGACAACUGAACACGACCGUAAAGUCAUAAAGAUUUGUCUCUUUUAAAAAAAAGCACAGACUCUUCAUAUGAUCUCUCUUCAUCUCUCUCUUUCCUCCAAGCUUUUCUCAUGGUUUCUUUCUUCUCCACCCUCUCUUUCUUCUUCGUCUUCCUUCUCUGCAUCCAUGUCUCUGCCGCCGCAGAUACGAUCUCCGCUAACUUCACACUCUCCGGAGACCAGACACUUGUCUCCUCCAACGGAACUUUCAAAAUGGGUUUCUUCAAACCUGGCAAUUCCACAAACUUCUACAUAGGUAUGUGGUACCAACAACUCUCUAUUCAAACAAUCGUAUGGGUAGCUAACCGUGACAAACCAGUCUCCGACAAGAACACAUCACUUCUCACAAUCUCCGACGACGGUAACUUAGUCUUACUCGACAAUAACAACUUAGUCUGGUCCACCGGUCUCAACUCCUCCUCCUCCUCCUCUGCUCUCGAGGCAGUCUUGCAAGACGACGGCAAUCUCGUCCUCAGAGACGACUCGGGCUCUCUCCUAUGGCAAAGCUUCGAUCACCCGGGCGACACGUGGCUCCCCGGUGUCAAAAUCAGGUACGACAAACGAACCAAGAAGAGUCAACGACUCACGUCGUGGAAGAACACCGAAGACCCGUCGCCUGGUCUGUUCUCCCUCGAGCUAGACGUGUCCACAGCUUACAAGAUCCUCUGGAACGGGUCGACCCAGUACUGGUCGAGCGGUCCUUGGAACCCUCAGAGCAAGAUCUUCGACUCGGUGCCGGAGAUGAGACUCAACUACAUCUACAACUUCAGCUUCGUCACCAGCGACACGGAGUCGUACUUCACUUACUCCCUCUAUAACCACGCGAACGUCUCGAGAUUCGCCAUGGACGUUUCGGGACAGAUCAAGCAGUUCACUUGGCUGAACAACAACAACCAGUGGAACCUCUUCUGGUCUCAGCCUCGGCAACAGUGCCAAGUGUAUGCUUACUGCGGCUCCUUCGGGAUUUGCAACGACAAGUCUCAGCCUUUUUGCCAGUGCCCUCAUGGUUUUAGCCCCGUGUCGCGAAAAGACUGGGACUUGAAGGAUUACUCCGCGGGCUGCGUCAGAAACACCGAGCUGCGAUGCUCUAGUCGUGGAGAGAUCAACGAGUUUCUUCCUCUUACCAACGUGAAGUUACCUGACAACAACAACUCAGAGGAACUAGUAUCAACGAGGUGCAGAUCAGCUUGUCUAGGGGACUGUUCUUGUAUGGCUUAUGCACAAAGCUCGAACCGAUGUUUGAUGUGGAGUAAAGAUGUGUUGAAUCUUCAGCAACUAGAGGAAGAUAACAGCGAGGGGAGUACGUUUUAUCUUAGACUCUCUGCUUCCGACAUGCCUAGUGGUUCUCCUUCUGGUAAGGGUAACAAAGUGAUGAUAAUCGGCGCGGUUCUAGGGUCGUUAGGGGUGAUCGCUCUUGUUACGUUGGCUGUCGUAUUAAUCUUGAGGAACCUUAGGAUGAAGAGAAUGAGAGGUGAGAAGAGUGAUGGUACGUUGGCUGCGUUUAGCUAUAGAGAGUUACAGAACGCGACUAAGAACUUCUCGGAGAAGCUAGGAGGAGGAGGUUUCGGGUCCGUGUUCAAAGGAGUUUUACAAGAUUCUAGCGUCGUUGCUGUGAAGAGGCUCGAGGGUAUUAGCCAAGGAGAGAAGCAGUUUCGGACCGAAGUCGUGACGAUAGGAACGAUCCAACAUGUGAACCUAGUGAGGCUUCGCGGGUUUUGCUCCGAAGGAAACAAGAAAGUGCUUGUGUAUGAUUACAUGGCUAACGGUUCUUUGGAUUCUCAUCUUUUCAUCAGCCAAAAGGCCGUCCUCGGGUGGAAACAGCGGUACCAGAUCGCGUUAGGGACGGCUAGAGGGUUGGCUUACUUGCAUGAUGAGUGUAGAGACUGCAUCAUUCAUUGCGACAUCAAACCCGAAAAUAUCUUGUUAGAUUCGCAGUUCGGUGCCAAAGUUGCUGAUUUCGGUUUAGCGAAGCUCGUGGGCCGAGAUUUCAGCAGGGUUUUGACGACGAUGAGAGGCACUAGAGGCUAUCUUGCACCGGAAUGGAUCUCCGGAGUGGCGAUUACAGCGAAAGCCGAUGUUUACAGCUACGGGAUGAUGCUGUUCGAGAUUGUUUCGGGGAGGAGAAACACUGAGCAGGCGGAGAACGAGAAGGUCAGAUUCUUUCCUAGUGUGGCCGCUACCGUGGUCACCAAAGAUGAAGACAUCCGCUCGCUGCUUGACCCGAGACUAGAAGGGGAGUCCGUGGAUAUAGAGGAGCUGACUAGAGCUUGUAAAGUGGCGUGUUGGUGCAUACAGGACGAGGAGAGUCAUAGACCAGCGAUGAGUCAAGUUGUACAGAUUCUUGAAGGUGUUUUGGAAGUGAAUACGCCGCCGUUUCCGAGAUCGAUCCAGGCUUUAGUUGAAAACGAUGGAUCUGUUGUCUUCUUCACUGAGUCGUCAUCUUCAUCAAGCCAUAAUUCUUCACAGAAACAGAGCCAUUCUUCUUCUUCCUCUUCUUCCAAGAAAACGACCAAUAAUAACUCUUCGGCUUAGUUUAGUAUUGUAAACGGGUUGUGUUAUGAAUUGUGUAAUAUUUAGUAUAUGUUUAAUAAGUUGUGAGAGGAAUCACUUAAUUUUCCUUCAUUGUAUAAUUAUUUAUUUGUUACAGAUUUAUGUAAACUUUCAUUUCUUAAACCUCAUCUUUCUGAUU